AUGUCUCCUUUUUCAUUGCUGUUAUUGGUUAUUUGUGCCUUCUCACUUUUUUUCAUGAUCAAUCUCUCCAGAGGUUUGUCUAUUUUAUUAGUCUUUUCAAAGAACCAACUUUUGGCUUUGUUGCUUCUCUCUAUUAUGUCUUUGUUUUCUAUUUCUUUAAUUUCUGCUCUUAUCUUUUUUGAUCUCCUUCCUUCCACAUUUUUUGGAUUUAUUCUGUUGUUCUUUUUCUAA